CACCGGAUGGCGUCGAGCCUGUGCCGCGUCCUCGGCGGAUCGCGGGACCUGGCAUGGAGCGGGCAGGCGUCGAACCGUGGCGGCGUCCGCGUGACGUCCCGGAGGAACGCCGGCGACGACCCUGGCGAGCCGCAGGGGCUGAUCGCCUGCGGCGUGCUGUCGGCGUGGCUGCCGGUGAGCCCGGCGGCUCUCUUCGACUUCCUCAGGGACGAGUCUCGGCGGCACGAGUGGGACGUGAUGCUGCUGCCCGGACGGCCCGUCCGGAGCUGCCUGCGCGUGGCCAAGGGGAACGACCGCGGCAACUGCGUCACGGCAUACGUAGGGGUCCGCUCGUUCGUCCCUGGCGGAACGGGACCAGCCAAUCAUGUCAUGUCAGUACUCCUACGUCUCACUGCUGCCCCUCCGGAUGUCAGGCCGCGACAUCACCCGCGGGAGAGCAGGACGGCGAGUGGAUCCUCCAGGACAGCAGCACCAACCCCUGCGAGGCGACCGUGGCGUACGCGCCGGUCGGCGCCGCGGCCCUGCGGCCGGUGAUCGACGGGCACGACUCGAGCGGCGCGGCCGUCCUGCCGUGCGGCUUCGCGGUGAUGCCGGACGGGCUGGAGUCCAGGCCCGCGGUGAUCACGUCGUGCCGGAACAAGGAGG